AUGGACAGCUCAGGUUGGAUGUACAAAGAUAGUGAGGACAUCAACUCAGACCACUCGCCAUCUGGAGUCGACCCAUUUGUUGCUGCGACCGACGCCGAACCCAUAAACACGCAACUCCUGAACCUUGACAACGACAUGCAGUUCUUGGAAUCAGCCAUGCGGAAGCUGGAGUUUCAGAGACCUGAAAAAGACGCACAGCAACUCCAGGAUCUCGAUACUGAAGACGCCAGGGGGAGCAUCACACAUGCGCAGCGGUAUGAAGCACCGGGCCAUCCGAAUUACGGUGAAGAUAACAUGCGCCUCAGAGAAAUUGAUAAACUCUCUCACGGAAUGACAGCGCUCAUCCUCCAGCUACAGGAGAAGGGGGCCCUCUCGAUGGAGGAAACCAAUUUACUCGGUAACAUGCACUUCACGAAACAGGAACUGUGGAAACUGGCCAAACGGUCUUGGAUCCUAGGGGAAAAGCUAUUCCAACUCUAUCGGCGGAUUGAGGAUUCAAAAGGGGAAGAUGGUUACUAUACACCUGGGCUGACUAUUUCGGUUCGAGAGGAUGAACAGCUGCGACACGAAAUUUCGGGCCUGAAACUCGCGUUGAAUAUGCACAUUGAUAGUCUGGAAAGCACUCGUACAAGGCAGUUUGAAAUUUUGAACACCGGAAACGCACUUCUCGGGGGCCAUGACAGCUUUUAG